AUGCAGUACCAGGCCGGACCGCCGAAGGAAGCUCCCAAGAAAACAUUUGUGAGGGAUAUCAGGGACGACGACACGAAGAAGUAUCGCCUAGGUAAGGAGCUGGGUAGCGGCAGUUACGGCGACGUGUUUGAAGCAGAGAAGAAAGUGGCCUGCAAGGUGCAGCACGUCGAUAGCGAUUACCGAAUGUGGGCAAUCCAGCGUGAGCUCAACGUGUGGCAGACGGCGUGCAAGGGCAGCAAAUUCGUCGCCCAGGUGUUCGACGCGUCGUUCAGCCACGCGGACGGCGCGAUUCGCAUCUACACAGAGUUACUAGCCGGGGGCGACACGCUCGCGCUCAUCAGGUCAUUAGAUAAAGCGGAUCUCCUCCAUCCGGUCAUCGUCCUCGGGCUAUCACUGCAUCUCGCGCAGGGGCUCUCAGAGAUGCAGGCGCGCAACAUCCUCCACCGGGACAUCAAGACAGACAACUCGCUGUUGACGAUGAAGAUUACGCCCCAGAUGAACAAGGCACUCUGGGAGCUGACCAAGACGGGUACGGUCAGUGAGCGCCUGUAUCAUCCCCUGGUGGAAUUUUGGGACCAAUUUAGCACGAAUGACAGACUGGCCGUCUGGACCGAUUUUGGUGUGUCGCGAGUAGAAACGGACAUGAAGGAGCGGUCGACCUACUCCAUGGUACCAGACGCACGGUGGACACCGGGCACGUCCGCGCCGGAGCUUUUCUUCAACAACCACCAGUCGCUCCAGGCCGACAUCUACAGCUUUGGUAAAUUCCCGCGCAUCCAUAGCGUAUACAGCUCGAAACUGCAGGAGCUCGUCGACUGGUGCAUGCAAUUUGAGCUCGAGGACCGGCCUGCGGCUGGGGAGAUCAUUGUGGAGCUGUCCAAGCUGUGGACGGCGAAAAAUAACGAGGUCAAAGCGGUGUUCAACGCCCAUAAGGACUUCAGGGAUCGUGUGGCCUGGCAACAAUCGUUUCUGCGCCAGGAGGCGCUCCAGCGCCGGGUGGCCGCCGAAGCGAUGGCCCGCGACCAGGCGGCGGCUAAGGAGCGAGAAAGGGCGUUGGAAGCUUGGAAUGAGCUGCAGAGGGAACAGAAGAGGAUUGAAGCCCAGCAGCAGCAGUCCGGGAACAGUCGACGCGGUCAAUUUACGAAGGAGGAUCGGGCCAAACACCUC